UUUUGUUUUGCUUUUUUCUCACUCUUUCUCGACUGUCAUCGUUUUGACAGCUGCUGUCAUCAGUGUCAAAGCUCCAUUUUUAUGCUGUGAAAUUUUCAUCCAAAUCGCAAGCACGUACAUUCACAGAUAUCAGCACAAUGGCUUCGUUGGCAAAUAAGGGAUCGUCGCUUGUUUCGACUCUGAUGACCCAGGCUCGUCCGAAGCUGAACGUGUUCAUGAAGUACGCCAAGGUGGAGCUGACCCCCCCGAGCCCCGGCGACAUUCCUGCCAUCCGUGACGGUAUUGCCCGCAUCAUCUCGGGUGCUCGCACCGGAGCCUGGAAGAACCUGACGGUCCGCGAAGCCUGGCUGAACACGCUGGUCACGAUGGAAGUGUGCUUCUGGUUCUAUGCCGGCGAGUGCAUCGGCAAGCGCCACCUGGUUGGCUACAGCGUCUAAACGCUGCGGUCGUCCUGUCGUGUGGUGUUUUGCUCGUUUUGCAGACCGUAUGUGUGUGUGUGUGCGCGCUUGCUUGGGGUUUGCAUGCAGCGAGAGACAGUACGGUAGAACGUUUCGGAUAGCAGCGGGAUCGAACAUCUUGUGUCCUGGAAUAAUGAAACCACAGUAAUUCUUAAUACCGAA